AUGAAUGAUCUUCCGGGAUCUACUCUACCAAAAUUUUCCAGCAAUGACUCGGACAAUUUGAAACUCGGGGUGGAUUUUAUUGGCAUCAACCACUACACAAGCUUUUAUGUUGGAGAUUGCUGUAUUCCUCCUGCGAACCCUCACCUGGAAGUACCAGGACAGAAGGUUUCAUUAGACAAACCAACUUUAAAGAUGGCAUCCCCAUUGGAGAACUUGCAAGACACUUAUUGUGUUGGGGAGGGCGGUGGAAGAUAUCGAUUUGCUGACUUGGAUUUGAUCGAGUUCCAGGUUACCGUGAGGUUACCAACCCUAACUCCACUUUUGAUGAAUCCCUUAAAUGAUGUCAAGAGAGUCGAGUACUUGAGGGACUAUUUGGAUUAUCUGUCAAGAGCCAUGAGGAAAGGAGCUGAUGUGAGGGGUUACUUUGUUUGGACCUUGCUCGAUGCCUAUGAGUGGCUACAUGGAUUCACCAAAAGAUUCGGACCUCGUCAUGUUGACCACACCACAUUGAAAGUUGAAACACACUCCUAA